AUGUUGUCCACGUCAAUGUCCCCAAGAGAUCAGGGCUAUGCAGCAGAAAGCCUGGAUGACUUGGAUCUGGAGUCUCGUAGUGGCCAAGCUGGAGAAUCAUCUCACGCUCAGAUGGAGGAAGAUAGCAAGGACAAGUCCUUUCAGAGGGCAGGCACCAAAGACUCGCGGUUCAUGCAUCCAGAUGACAGCUUGCACUUGCAUUGGUAUGAGACAACGGUGCGGCUUCGUGGCAUGUUCUACAUCUUCUUCUCGCUUGCUGUGGUGAUGGCACUUUCCCUUGGGUGCACAGCAGAAGCCUUCUUCUUCAUCAUGGCCUCGCCCGAAGAUAGCGGACUCAGCUUCGGAAUUGUGGUCGGAAUCUUGCUGACGCCAUUGUCUCUGCUACUUACAGCGAUCUAUGUGGACGAGUGCAUCGAUAUGGGCUUGGAUGCGGCGGACAAGCCCUCCUUCGGACUCUUUCGAGCAGCGGUCACUGCCGCAACUCGUUGCUUCGGAAAGGUUCAGACAGACCAUGUCGAGCGGGCCCUUGUGCUGUUCGUGGAGACAGUGCCGAUCAUCUUUGCCAUCAUUUCUCUUGUGAUGAGCCCAAGCAAGGUUUACUGGUACAAGGAGGUCGGACGUGGAUACUGCCUUGGGGGCCUGAUCUGUGCUUUGUGCAUUUGCAUCACUUACAUCGCUUGCCACGCCCACGUGGGACACAUCCCUGCCCGGGACGAGCUCAUGGCCGAGCUUUAUCACAACAUGGGCCCACUCGGCCGCUUCAGACGCGCCGAGGGAAGUGGUGCUCAUGAGCUGAUCGACAAGCCCAAUCACUGGGGUCGCGCGUGCUGCUUUGGCCUCCUGGGCCUGUGCAUCGAGAUUGGGGUCAUACUCGUGUUCCUUUUUUUCCACAGGCUUUAUGCCAUUUGCAUCGGCGAGCUCCUUGCCACACUGCUUUGGGCCUUUGCUCUUCGCAGCUACGCCCCUCGCCUGCUGGGAAAAGCAUUCUGGUGCACCCUAAUAUUCUUCAUACUGCUUGCGGCAAGCCUUCUCAUGGGAACCAUGCAGUCGGCCGAGCCAAACCCAAGUGAACUGGAUCCGAUGGUACUGGGACCUGCCUCAAUGAACUUCAACACCUCUCUGGAGAGCAGGUUGCCCUUGCACUUCGAGGCUUCACCCCUUUCGCCCCACCCAGCCUCUCCCAUCUGCCGGACAAGCUGGGGAGAAGAAGGCGGCCUCAAGAACUGGGGCCUUUCCAUCCUGGAUCUCUCCAUCAUGGCAUUUGCAAGCUCCUUCGGAGGAGAAGCAGAUGUCCGCGAAGGUUUGGGCAAGAUGCUGAAUGGCACGUUUCCUGACUGGGAGCUGCUCGAGGUCGAGAACUGGAACACGACUGGAAGAUGGAUUGUGGUGGCGAUUCCAUCCCGUAACGUUCGUAUCAUCUCCGUGCGUGGGACAACAAAUCUGCGAGAUGCCUAUGCAAACUUGCAGAUCUAUUCUGCCAUUGUGGUGCUGCAGCUGAUGGGCAUCUUGACACCGGUUCUCAGCCUCAUGCCGCAAACCGUGAUUCAGCGGGUGGCUGGCGGCGGCAUCACCAAGAGCUUCAGGCAACGGUUUAGGGUCGAGGCCAGGCUUGCUGAUGCAGCGCGAAAGCACAAGGAGGAGGCCAAGAAAGCCGGUCAGGUUCUCGUGAUGACAGGCCACAGUCUGGGCGGUGCCUUGGUCGGAGCCGUAUCCACCCAGGUGGGGGUACCGGGAGUGGGCUUCUCACCCCCGGGCCUCCUUUUUCAGAAGUUCCAGUGGGACCUAGACCUCGUCCAGCUCACAAGGGCUUUCACGGUGGUCCAGCCGACGAACGACGUUGUCCCACAAGUGGACUCGCAGCGUGGUCUCAUCGAAUGGCUUCCCUGCGGCGAGAGUGCGCUGACGUGCCACCGCUUGACACAUACGGCAUGUGCCUUGUGGGCGCAAUGUGGGGACUCUCGACCCCGAGACUGGCGGCCAACUUGUUCACGUUGGUUUGGCCCGGAGGACCUGAAUUUGCCUGUUGGGGAAGGCGAAGGGCGAAAGGCCUGA